UCCCCGUCUGGGCCAGUCUGGAGCGAAGGCGCGCGGAGCUGCAGCGUCUGGCCGGGAGUCCCCGGGGAAGCGUCGCGCCCUGGAGGCAGCAAUCUCAGCGCAGGUGGACGUGGCACGCCGGACCCUCUGGACUCUCCAACCGCCGCCCCUCCCCCGCGGGGGUCCCGAGCUAGCAGAUGGGAGGCACAGCUCGCGGGCCUGGGCGGAAGGAUGCGGGGCCGUCGGGGGCCGGACUCCCGCCCCAGCAGCGGAGAUUGGGGGAUGGUGUCUGUGAUACCUUCAUGAUGAUAGAUGAAACCAAAUGCCCACCCUGUUCAAAUGUCCUCUGCAAUCCUUCUGAACCAGCUCUACCCAGAAGACUAAAUAUCACCACUGAGCAGCUAACAAGAGAUCAUACUCAGCACUUUCUGAAUGGAGGUGAGAUGAAGGUAGAACAGCUGUUUCAAGAAUUUGGCAACAGAAGAUCCGAUACUCUUAAGUCAGAUGGCAUCAACAAUUCUGAAAAAUGCUCUCCUACUUUUUCUCAGGGUAAAAAUUCAGAUAGCUUGAAUAUAGGAAAAUCUAGUGGCUCACCCAAAGCACCCAAAGUGGUGCCUCUGACUCCAGAACAAGCCCUGAAGCAAUAUAAACACCACCUCACUGCCUAUGAGAAGCUGGAAAUCAUCAAUUAUCCUGAAAUUUACUUUGUGGGUCCAAAUGCCAAAAAAAGACAUGGAGUCAUUGGUGGGCCAAAUAAUGGGGGCUAUGAUGAUGCAGAUGGAGCCUAUCUACAUGUACCUCGAGACCAUCUAGCUUAUCGCUAUGAGGUGCUGAAAAUUAUUGGCAAGGGCAGUUUUGGGCAGGUGGCCCGGGUCUAUGAUCACAAACUCCGACAGUAUGUGGCCCUAAAAAUGGUACGCAAUGAGAAGCGCUUCCAUCGUCAAGCAGCAGAGGAGAUCCGGAUUUUGGAGCAUCUUAAAAAACAGGAUAAAACUGGUAGCAUGAAUAUUAUCCACAUGCUGGAAAGUUUCACAUUCCGGAACCAUGUUUGCAUGGCUUUUGAAUUGCUGAGCAUAGACCUUUAUGAGCUGAUUAAAAAAAACAAGUUUCAGGGUUUUAGCGUCCAGUUAGUACGCAAGUUUGCUCAAUCCAUCUUGCAGUCCUUGGAUGCUCUUCACAAAAAUAGGAUUAUUCAUUGUGACCUGAAGCCAGAAAACAUUCUCCUGAAACACCAUGGACGCAGCUCCACCAAGGUCAUUGACUUUGGGUCCAGCUGUUUUGAGUACCAGAAACUUUACACAUAUAUCCAGUCUCGAUUCUACAGAGCUCCAGAGAUCAUCUUAGGAAGCCGCUAUAGCACGCCUAUUGACAUAUGGAGUUUUGGCUGCAUUCUUGCAGAGCUUUUAACAGGACAGCCUCUCUUCCCCGGAGAGGAUGAAGGAGACCAGUUGGCCUGCAUGAUGGAGCUUCUUGGGAUGCCACCACCAAAACUUUUGGAGCAAUCCAAACGUGCCAAGUACUUUAUUAACUCCAAGGGCCUACCUCGCUACUGCUCCGUGACCACUCAGCCAGAUGGGAGGGUUGUGUUGAUGGGGGGUCGCUCACGAAGGGGUAAAAAGCGGGGUCCCCCAGGCAGCAAAGACUGGGCGACAGCACUGAAGGGGUGUGAUGACUACUUGUUUAUAGAGUUUUUGAAAAAAUGUCUUCACUGGGACCCCUCUGCCCGCUUAACCCCAGCUCAAGCACUAAGACACCCUUGGAUUAGCAAGUCUGCACCCAGACCUCUCACCACCAUAGACAAGGUGUCAGGGAAACGGGUGGUUAAUCCUCCAAAUGCUUUCCAGGGACUGGGUUCCAAGCUGCCUCCAGUUGUUGGAAUAGCCAAUAAGCUUAAAGCUAACUUGAUGUCAGAAACCAAUGGUGGUAUACCUCUGUGCAGUGUAUUGCCAAAAUUGAUUAGCUAAUGGACAGAGUUAUGCUCAGAGAUGCAUAUGUAUGUAUUUUAAUCAUCUGCAAACCAAGUGGGGAAAAAAUGCAAGCCUAUUGGUGGAUAUGUUUUGACUAGACUUGACUUCUUUUUUUAACAAGACAAAACAUUUUUAUAUGACUAUAAAAGAAUUCUUCAAGGGCUAAUUACCUAACCAGCUUGUAUUGGCCAUCUGGAAUAUACAUUAAAUGACUUUUUAUAGGUCAAUGCA